AUGCAAUUAUUACCAACAAGUUGCUAAAAUUGUGUAGGAGAUAAGACGAGUAUGAACAUUUAACAAACUAAACAUCGUUUUUAAAGACUGAUUUGUUAUAUCUGUGUUUGCCCAUAUUCAUAACUUGGCAAAAUUCCUAUUCUUUGCUGUUCCUGAGACGAACCAGCCCAGGAGGCUGAAAGUCUCAAAAAUAAAGAAAAAAAAAAAUUUGCUGUGAGAUCCUACACUGUUCUCGGUGUCUCUCGUUCUGCUCUCUGUUUACUAAAUCUAAUCUUGCUCUCACUGUGUUUGAGAGACACUGUCAAUCACAUCUGAACUUGUCAGCCGAAUGGGUGGGUCUCAGCUGUGAAGCAAAAUCACUAGCAAUCGAUAACUUGUCGCUUGAGUAGUAAUUUCAAACAAAAUAUAUGAGCUGAUAAGAGUGGUUCAAUCAAUUGCGUGUGCUUAUCUCGUCGGAAUAAUUUGCUGCAAUAUGUGCGCUGAUUUAGAGCUCAUCAAAGCGCACAUCGGUGAAUAUCCGGAUUUUCCGAAGAAAGGUAUUCUCUUCAAAGAUGUAUUUACGGCCCUCCGCAGCGGUCCAGUAUGUCAGGCCAUCAAACGACUUCUAAUUGCUCACAUUCGCGAAAGCUGCCCUGGCGUGGAAGUAGUGAUCGGUCUUGAGGCGCGGGGAUUUUUGUUCAGCCUGCUCAUAGCUGCCGAGCUUGGAAUUGCAUGUGUCCCGAUCCGGAAAAAAGGCAAACUACCGGGAGAGUGUGUGCAGCAUGAGUACAAAUUAGAGUACGGAACGGAUACAUUCGAAAUACAGAAAGACAGUAUUGCUUGUGGUCAGAAAGUGCUAGUGGUUGACGAUUUGCUAGCCACCGGUGGCACGAUGGAUGCCGCUAAUAAACUGGUGCAGCAGGUCGGUGGUGUGGUUGAGGAAAAUGUGCUCAUCAUUGAGCUGACUUCACUAGGUGGUCGGAAGAAAUUGGAGUCCUCGGGUAUCAAAAUACAUUCCUUUAUUCAGUACGAUGAUGUUGAAUGAAUCUGAAUAGAUAUUGGUAUUUCAUUCCAAAAGCAAGAAAACAGCAUAAUUUUAGUUUCAGAUAGCUCUUAGCAAAACAAAUAAAAAAGCCAACGCUGUA